GGUUAAUUAUUGGGAAUUGGGUACCACCAAAGUGCUUGUUCCGAGGUAGGAUUACGCUUCGGGUUGGAAUCUGAUUACUUAUCCUGGCACCGGGUUUUUGGGUUUUGAGUUUUACAGAAUUUGGAGUAGAGAAAUGGCAUUGUUGAGGAAACUGUUCUACAGGAAACCAACGGACGGUCUUCUCGAGAUUUGUGAGCGAGUUUAUGUCUUCAAUUCCUGCUUUACUACCGAUGCUUGGGAAGAAGAAAACUAUAAAGUUUACAUAAGAGGAAUACUUAGUCAACUUCAAGACCAGUUCCUUGAUGCAUUAUUCUUGGUGUUCAAUUUCCGUGAAGGAGACGGAAAGAGCCAGAUGGCCAGCAUGUUAUCUGAGCAUGAUAUGACGAUAAUGGAUUACCCUCGGCAAUACGAGGGGUGCCCUUUGCUCGCAAUGGAGUUGCUCCACCAUUUUCUGAGGUCGUGUGAAAGUUGGCUCCAACUUGGGCAGCAAAAUUUGCUACUAAUGCAUUGUGAGCGUGGUGGUUGGCCAGUCUUGGCUUUCAUGCUUGCUGCACUGUUGAUUUAUAGGAAACAGCAUAGUGGAGAACAGAAGACGUUGGACAUGAUUUACAAGCAAGCUCCCCGUGAGCUUUUGCACUUGCGGUCACCCCUCAAUCCAAUCCCUUCUCAGUUGAGGUAUCUGCAGUAUGUCUCAAGGAGGAAUGUAACCUCAGAAUGGCCUCCUUUUGGUCGAGCUCUUACUUUGGAUUGCAUCAUCCUUAGAUAUAUCCCUAAUUUUGAUGGAGAGGGGGGAUGUCGUCCAAUAUUUCGGAUAUGUGGGCAGGAUCCUUUUCUUGUUAAUGAUCGAACUGCUAGAGUUUUGUACUCAACUCCAAAGAGAAGUAAAGCUGCCCAGCACUACAAGCAGAUUAUUUUCUCAGAGAUGGAUGCAGCUUCUUCCAUUAUUGCAAUGGAUUUCCCUUGCUUUGAGAAGAAGGAUGGCCUUCCAAUGGAAGCAUUUGCCAAAGUUCAUAAAAUCUUUAGCCAUGUUGACUGGUCAGAUCACAGGGCAGAUAUUGCACGUAAUGUGCUUCAACAAAUAGGUGCAUCAAACAUUGUCCAUGAAAGUUCAGACAAUGAAUCAAUCAGCCCUCGAAUGUGGGUAGCAAGUCCUAGAAAGACUCAGGAGGAAAUGAACCGUGUUUUAUCAUUGUCCACGAGCCCAAACAGCUCCACAUGUUGGGGUCUACAGAUACAACUGGUGCCCUCAGAAGGACCAUUAUCUCCCAAGACUGAUGCCGGCACACAGGUUGGGCCCCAAGACUCCCAGUUUUCCCAUCAACCACCUAGUCAAUUCAAUGCCAUACACCAACAGAAGAAUCAGUGUCCUCCAGUGAAAAGGAGUUAUUGGCAAGAUACUUUUGUGUCGAUUCAUCACAGUGUACCACUAGUUCCUAUUGUCAAGCCUCUUCCAUAUGACCUUGUGUCAUCUGAAGCUCUUGAAACUGAAAACGUUUUUGUCUCGCCACCAACAACUCCACAUCCUCCUCCAACUCUGACUUCCAGUGCAAAUAGAGCUCUCCAUUCUCCGCCGGCACCAUCACCAGGCUCUCUUCUUCCAGCAUCACAACCAUCUUAUUCUUCAUCUACCCCAAAGAAUCCAGCUACCAAGGUUGAACCUCCUGCACUUUCAACAUAUCAUCAUACUCCACCUCCUCCUCAAACAUCAAUGCUGAAUGAGAAUCAAACUGUUAGUUGUGAACCUCUUGGUGCAAGUCAACCUUCUCCACCAAUGUCACCUUUGAAGGAUCCAGCUGUUAGAGAUGGAUGUCAUGCAGCUUCUCCACCUGCUCCAGCCCCACCUUUGAAGGAGAAUUCAGCUGUUAGAGCUGCAUCCCCUCCACCUUCUCCACCAACCCCACUGUUGAAGGAGAAUUCAGCUGUUAAAGCUGGUCCUCCUCCACCUCCCCCACCUCCUCUUCAUCAUGGGCAAUCUGGGCAAGCUGCAAGCCCUAAAGCUUCAGUAUCUACACGACCAUCCCCACCCCCAGCUGCCCCUAUCAUGUUAUCCAAUUCUUCCCAAGUUCCUUCUGCCCCACCUCCUCCUGUUUCUACUGGCAAGGGGUUCUCAAAUACAGGUUUUGCAGGUAUUAAUGGAUCUACAGCUCCUCCAGCACCACAAUUAGGUUCUUCCACACCACAAUUAGGUUCUUCCACAAGCUCGCACAAAAUGUUGUCACAUACAAUUAGUUCAAGGAGUAAUCAGACCAAGAAACUCAGGCCAUUGCAUUGGUUGAAGUUAACUAGAGCUGUGCAAGGCAGUCUAUGGGCUGAAUCACAUAAAUUGGGUGGUGGUGGUGGGAAAUCAACUGUGCGUGGUUCACAUGGGCCUAAAUCUGAUAAAGUGCAAUUGAUUGAUCACAGGAGAGCAUAUAAUUGUGAAAUUAUGCUUUCAAAGGUGAAGAUCCCCUUGCCUGAGUUAAUGGGCUUAAGAUUUUGGGUGAAAACAGCACUAGUGAUUGUGUUGGUCAUUGGAAAGUUGUAUUCUUUCUGUGCUGGAUUGAGUUCAGUUCUUGCCCUUGAGGAAUCGGCACUAGAUGUUGAUCAAGUUGAAAACAUAAUAAAAUUCUGUCCAACAAAAGAGGAGCUGGAGCUUCUUAAGGGCUAUACUGGGGAUAAGGAAAAGUUAGGAAAAUGCGAGCAGUUCUUUUUAGAGCUAAUGCAAGUUCCAAGAGUCGAAUCCAAGCUAAGAGUUUUCUCAUUUAAGAUUCGGUUCUGCUCCCAGGUCUCUGACCUCAAAUGUAGCUUAAAUGUUGUAAACUCUGCAGCAGAGGACAUAAGAAACUCUGUCAAACUGAAGAGAGUCAUGCAGACGAUUCUCUCAUUAGUAAAUGCUUUAAACCAAGGAACUGCUCGGGGGUCUGCAAUUGGGUUCAAGUUGGAUAACCUUCUUAAGCUCACUGAGACUCAUGCACGGAACAAGAAGACGACUCUCAUGAAUUACCUUUGUAAGAUGCUUGCUGAUAAAAUUCCAGACCUUCUAGAUUUUUCAAGAGACCUUCGCAAUUUGGAACCUGCAUCAACGGUGCAACUGAAAUUUUUAGCAGAAGAAAUGCAAGCCAUAAGCAAGGGAUUGGAGAAAGUUGUCUUGGAACUUGCCAACUCCGAAACUGAUGAUCCUAUUUCAAAGAAAUUUCAUAAGAUUUUGAAGGAGUUUUUAUGUUGUGCUGAAGGUGAAGUAAGGUCUUUGGCUUCACUCUACUCUGCUGUGGGUAGAAACGUGGAUGCAAUGAUCCUUUACUUCGGAGAAGAUCCAGCUCGUUGUCCCUUUGAACAAGUUGUUUCAACUCUGUCAAACUUUGUGAGGAUGUUUAACAAUGCUAGUGAAGAGAACUGCAAGCAGCGUGUGCUCGAAAUGAAGAAGCUGGCAGAAGCUGAGAAGGCAAAGACAAACACUGCACAGAAGGAAUCUGAACAACUCUUGAAAACUCCACUGAUCCAGACUAGACAAUGUUAAAUAAUUAAGGGCUCCAUCAUGAACUACUCCCUCUUCUCCGUGGCAGAACAUUUGUACAUCCUCAGUCGGACACCUGGAAGUUGCAACAAUUUUGGGGAACUGAAAAAAAUUCCUCAAGUGUUGGAAGGAGAAUGCAUGGUUUGGCAUUACAUCCAAUGUUUGAAUUGGCUUCCAACACUGGUCCUGCACAACCAUCUUCAUCAUUUCUAUGGCUUCCAUUCCAUGUUUAUGUGCAUUAUGGAACAUAGAGAUUAUGAGAAUCUCAUCUUCUUCAAUAGGCAAGGCAACUGUAAAUUAUCCCCUCUUUGUAAAUAAUUUUGAAGAUAAGGAGUCUAAGAAAGAUUAUUAUUUUAC